AUGUUGUCGAUCAAGUCGGGCAAUAGGAGUGCUGAGGAAGGCACGAAUGGUGAUGUGUCGAUGACCACGUUGGACUCGGCACAUCAUCAGCAGAUGUAUCAAAGGCAGCUGGUCUUGCCGGGGGAUGUCAUCAAUGCUGAUAAGGGCUAUUUGAAGGGGCGAGGGCUACUGGUUGAUCCUGUUGAUGGCAAGUUGGUCGCUACAGUGAGAGGAAUAUUAGAGAGAGUGAACAAGUUGCUUUAUAUACGGCCGUUGAAGAGUCGGUACACGGGGGAGGUUGGCGAUGUGAUCGUGGGAAGAGUCGCUGAAGUGGGCGGGGAUAGGUGGAUGUUGGAUUAUGGCGGUGGUGGAUCGUUGGCGGCUUUGCCUAUUGGUGGUGUUAAUCUUCCUCAAGGAGAGCAGCGUCGGAGGACUGACACUGACAGGAUGAAUAUGCGAGCAAUGUUUACUGAGGGAGAUUUGCUCAGUGCUGAGAUUCAGAAGGUGGUAUCGGACAGUGGAGAUGUUAUUCUACACACUCGUAGUGCCAAGUACGGCAAGCUGUAUAAUGGUCAGAUGGUUAGAGUGUCCUCGUCGCUGGUGAGGAGGCAGUCCUCACAUAUUGUUGAGAAUCUACCGGCACCCUUUGAUCAUUUACAAGUCGUGCUUGGUCUGAACGGUUGGAUUUGGGUUGGUAUGAAGCCGAAGCAGUCGGGCCAUAUUCAGUCCAUCAACUUCACACAGACUGAGAAAGGGUUCCAAGAAGUUGACCAGGCGUCGAGACAGGCCAUAGCCCUUUUGUGUGCAUGCAUUGAGGCUCUCGGCAGUUCCUUCUCGGAGGUAACGAUUGACUCCAUGUUGGGCGUAGUAGAUGCGGCUCGACGGAGAGGACUGGAGGGAAAAGAUUUCUUGAUCCCUGAAGUUGCCCUGGAGUGCGCCAAUGAGGCCCGAGAAGUUGCGGCGGGCCGGAAGGUCGUGAAUGAUGACGACGGCGAUGAGAAGAUGGCUGAAGCCAGCUAA